UAUUCUUAUAAAUUCAACCCAAACCCACACCCACCACAGCAUUAUAAACACUCAUUCGAUUACAGUAUUCCGGUGACUGACUUUGUAAUCUCACAAAAAUGGAUCUCCUCCUCGUAGAAAAGUCCCUUUUGGCUCUAUUCGUAGCCAUCAUUGCCGCCAUCACCGUCUCCAAACUCCGCGGAAAACGUCUCAGGCUCCCUCCGGGGCCCUUACCCGUACCCAUAUUCGGGAACUGGCUCCAAGUGGGCGAUGACUUGAACCACCGCAAUCUCACCGACCUAGCCAAGAAAUUCGGCAACAUAUUACUUCUCCGCAUGGGGCAACGCAAUCUGGUGGUGGUUUCCUCACCGGAGCCGGCGAAAGAAGUUCUCCACACUCAGGGAGUGGAGUUCGGAUCCAGGACCCGAAACGUGGUGUUCGACAUAUUCACGGGCAAAGGACAGGACAUGGUGUUCACAGUGUACGGUGAGCACUGGAGGAAGAUGCGGAGAAUCAUGACGGUCCCAUUCUUCACGAAUAAAGUAGUCCAGCAGUAUCGGUACGGAUGGGAGGACGAGGCGGCACGUGUGGUUGAGGACGUGAGGAAGAUUCCAGAGGCGGCGAGCACGGGAAUCGUGUUGAGAAAGAGGUUACAGCUGAUGAUGUACAAUAACAUGUACAGGAUCAUGUUCGAUACUCGGUUCGAGAGCGAGGAAGAUCCUCUGUUUUUGAAGCUAAAGGCCCUCAACGGAGAGAGGAGUCGGUUGGCACAGAGCUUCGAUUACAACUAUGGCGAUUUCAUCCCCAUCUUGAGACCCUUCUUGAGAGGAUACCUCAAGAUCUGCAAGGAAGUUAAGGAAAGGAGGUUGCAGCUCUUCAAAGACUAUUUUGUUGAAGAGAGGAAGAAACUGGCAAGCACCAAGAGCAUGAGCAACGAAGGGUUGAAAUGCGCCAUAGAUCACAUACUAGACGCACAGCGGAAGGGGGAGAUAAAUGAGGAUAACGUUCUUUACAUUGUUGAGAACAUCAAUGUUGCAGCUAUUGAGACAACACUCUGGUCAAUUGAAUGGGGAAUUGCGGAGCUAGUUAACCAUCCUGAAAUCCAGAAGAAGCUGCGGGAUGAGCUGGACGCAAAACUUGGGCCUGGCGUCCAGGUAACUGAGCCUGACACCCAGAAACUCCCCUACCUUCAGGCAGUGAUCAAGGAGACUCUGAGGCUGCGAAUGGCAAUUCCCUUGCUUGUCCCACACAUGAACCUCAACGAAGCCAAGUUGGGCGGGUAUGACAUUCCAGCGGAGAGCAAAAUCCUGGUGAAUGCUUGGUGGCUAGCCAACAAUCCUGAGAAUUGGAAGAAUCCGGAAGAGUUCAGGCCAGAGAGGUUCCUAGAAGAGGAGUCAAAGGUGGAGGCCAAUGGCAAUGACUUCAAAUACCUCCCGUUCGGCGUUGGAAGGAGGAGCUGCCCCGGAAUUAUUCUUGCAUUGCCAAUUCUAGGAAUCACAAUUGGGCGUUUGGUGCAGAAUUUCGAGCUUUUGCCUCCUCCAGGGCAGUCCAAGAUCGACACCACCGAGAAAGGAGGCCAGUUCAGUUUGCAUAUAUUGAAGCACUCCACAAUUGUUGCAAAGCCAAGGGCAUUUUAGCUUCCUUAAAUUUCGGGUGUAAUUUUUCUAUUGUGAAUGUUUAUGUUGUUGUUGAACAAGUCAAAAAGAUUUUGGUUGAUUUAAGGUGGAUAGAAAUGGAUUCCCAUUUAUAUCCAUGAAAUUGAACUUAAUUAUGCUCAAGUAAUAUAAAUAAGUUUGUCGCAUCAA